AAGCAAUAAACUCAUUUUUCCCAUUUUGUUCCAAUGGCUACUACCAACUCAUCAGUCAAUGAAGUGAUUGUGGCCAUAGUGCCAUUUCCUGAUUACAACCAUGUGAAUCAGCUCUUCAUUCUUGCUCGCUUCAUCACGUCCCAUAAUAUACCAGUACACUUCCUCUCCCUUGCUGAUCAGAACCAAGAUUUGAAACACAGCAUCCAAGGUGGUCUCGGAGCCUCAAUCAUCCAUUUUGAAGACCUCAUGAGACCUCCGAUAGAGAAAGAUGAUGCUGGCUAUGAUCCGAUUCUAAUGUUUCUGAAAAAACUCAGGGAGCCCAUUCAUAAAACAUGUGUUCACCUCUCAACCAACUCAAAGAGAUUAGUCCUAAUUCAUGAAUUUCUAAUGACCGAACAGAUUUGGAAUGUCCAUACAUUCCCAAAUGUUAAGUCUUAUAUCUUCCACGCAGGGUUGGCUUUUAACAAAUAUUAUUACCUCCAACAAAGUAUUCCUUAUAUAGUUGAUGAUGAUCAUGAGAAAUUGGUCAAGAAAAUGCAUGAUGAGUUUCCAUUGUUGGAGCCACAUGUGAAAUUGAUGGUUAGAAUGGAGCAUGAGUUGACGUUCCACUCCAGAGAAAUCAUAAACUCAUGUAAAGAAGUGGAAGAUCAGAACCAAGAUUUUAAACUCCGCGUCCAAGGUGGUCUCGAUGCCUCAAAUAUCCAUUUCGAGGAUCUCUUAGUAAAAGAUGAUGAUCCAGCUGGCUGUGAUCCGAUUCUGAUGUUUCUUAAAAAACUCAGGGAGCCCAUUCUUAAAACAUGCCUUGAACUCACCACCAAUGCAAAGAGAUUAGUCAUAAUUCAUGACAAUGUAAUGAUCGAACAUACAUGGGAAGUCAAUACAUUCCCAAACGUCAUGUCGUUUAUCUUCCACGGUAGGUCGCCUUUUAACAAAUACUAGUAUUCAUAUCCGCGCUGAAAAAAC